AUGUCCUCAUUUCCGAGCAAACCGAGUCAAAAAAAGGCUUUACUUUUCAAGUUAAAAGCAAAACUGCUGGCGUGUUUCGGUGACACAACCGCACACGGCUAUGGACGAGUGGCUAACGCAGAUUCCCGACCUUUAAGGUGGUUCUGGAUUUUGGUUUGUGCAGCCGCAGUCGCAGCUUUUUUUCAGCAGCUCUGUGGUAUAACAAAACAAUACAUGUCAAGGCCUCUAAAAGUUAGAGCAAGCAUUGGACACGAGGAGAAACUCACGUUUCCCCAAGUCACCAUUUGCAAUUUAAACAUGAUUCGUCGAUCACAUAUUCCAGUGGAUAUUGUGACAGAGUUUCCUCAGAUAUUGGACGGACGAAUCAUCAAAAAAAAUUCUUCAUCAGCUAUAAACAAGACAUCCUUUGAUUCCAGUGAAGGAAAUACGGUGCCUAACUAUUCUGAACUUCCGGAGGAAGAGAAAAUCAUUCAAAGUGUUCUGCAAAAGUUGGCUGAUAGACCGGAAGAGAAGCUUAUGAAGUAUGGCCAUCAAAUAGAAGACAUGAUACUCAGCUGCAAGUUUCAUGGACGUGAAUGUCUGGACAAACAUGCAGACAUGCGCAAAUACUGGACACAGUUCUGGCACACACGUUAUGGAAAUUGUUAUUCCUUCAACAAAGGAAUGGACAAGAAUGGGACAUAUACACCUCUAAUGACAUCAGCACAGACCGGCAUAGGUUUGACCCUGGAGAUAGACAUCGAACAAGAUCAGUAUAUAAGUCAACUUUCCCAAGAGUCUGGCGUCCGAGUUUCCAUUGGAGGACAGGAAGAGAUGCCUUUUCCUUAUGAACAAGGAAUAAGUGCGUCUCCUGGAUAUUCUACAGCCAUUCAGCUUCGUAAGGUGAUGAUUAAAAGACUCGAUCCAUUCCGUAACAAAAGCUGUGAGAGCAGAAACGAUCGAUUCCAGGAAAGCAUAUUUGGACGAUAUAAUGUGACUUAUACUACCACUGCUUGCAAGAUAUCUUGUUUGGUCCAAGCGAUGACAUCCAACUGUGGUUGUGUCAUCUAUGAGCUGAAAUACAAUAACAUGUCUGUUUGUUACAUGGAAAACACAAAAAUAGUCAAAUGUAUUAACAAGGUUUACAAGAGCUUUGACAAUGGAAAUUGUUCCAAAUGCCAAGAAAGGUGCAGGGAAGACAUAUUCAAGACAACAGUAUCCCUUGCAAAAUGGCCGUCAAUACAAUAUCGUGACACUCUUAUUGCAAAAAUAAAUGAAGAACAGCAUCGCAAUCACUCAGGAGAGACAAGUGAUCACUUUCUGAAGCUGAAGAUCUACUAUGGAGAACUUGAUUUUGAAGUCAUUGAAGAGGAAGAAGCUUACACGAUGCCAAGUUUUCUGUCUGAUAUUGGUGGUCUGAUGGGAAUGUGGAUCGGGAUUUCAGUGUUAACUAUUGUGGAGUUAUUAGAACUUAUUGCAGUUUUGUUUAUCACAGUGUUUAAGAUGUACUCCAAGAAGGCGAACAGAGUGAGAGAUAUAAACGAUAACAGUGUAGAGGGUCGUUAAAGUA